CUUUGCUUGAAGCUUUCUGAAACUUCUGGUUAUUGCGCACUUUACAACUAUCUCUUUAACACCACUAAAUUUUUUCUCUCUCAUUCAAAAACCAAAAACAAAAACAUUUUUAUCAAAAUCAAAAAUCAAGAAAUUUGUUAAUCCCUAAUUUACGAAGAACAGCUUCUUUGAAGAUAAGAUUUCGGUGAUUUGGUGUUCGAAUUCGCCGACUCGUCGUCGUAUGUCAGCGAUUUUUGAAAGAUUGUGAACGAACUAAUUGUGUUGAGGCAGUGGCGACGAUAAUUGAUUCUAAUUUGCAUCACCCUUAUUUGAAUUGUUCCUUGGAGAGGUGUGGUGGUUGCUUGCUGUGCUAGAUUUACUCAAUUUUAACUCGGAUUUUUCUUUAAUUUUCCCAGGAUGGGCACUUUCGAUUUCGACAAAGCUACUUCUAACACACAUUGUUCUUCUUCUGUACCCUUUGAUUACACCAGGAGAAGGAAGGCUCGGAGAAGGCGUGAUGGAACCGAUUCCGUGUCAGAAACUCUUGCAAGGUGGAAAGAAAUUAAUGAUAAACUCUAUGAAGACAAGAAUGAUGGUAAGCCUGUUAGAAAGGCGCCUGCAAAGGGUUCGAAGAAAGGGUGUAUGAAAGGCAAAGGCGGGCCAGAGAAUUCCCUUUGUAAAUACAGGGGAGUUAGACAGAGGACUUGGGGUAAAUGGGUGGCGGAGAUUCGAGAGCCCAAUAGGGGUAAAAGGCUCUGGCUCGGUACCUUCCCUACUGCCCUUGAAGCUGCAUUGGCUUAUGAUGAGGCUGCUCGUAUGAUGUAUGGGCAAAGUGCUCGAUUGAACUUGCCGCAUUACCCAGCAUCUUUGAUGGAGGAUUUCAGAGAUAAUUCUGCUACAACAACUACAACAGCUACUACAAAUACUGCCUCAUAUACUAUGUCGUCUGAUAAUCACUCUGAUGUUUGUUUUGGAGAUCAAUGGGAUUCUAAUAUGGAUGGUGCUGGUGUGAAGCAAGAAGAUGCUGAAAGUGACUCACAGUUUGAUGUUAAAAAUGCUGCGAUGAUGCUUAACGUUGGGACCCCAGCCUCAACAGUUAAGACAGAAGCAAAGGCAGACAGUGAAGGUGGCAUUGACAUCAACGACUACUUGCAAAACUUAACAAUGGAUGAAAUGUUUGAUGUUGAUGAGCUACUUGGAGCUAUAGACGCUGGCCCUGUUUCUCCUGCAGAUUAUGUAACGAACCAAGGCCAUGCAACAAACCAAGACUAUAUGACGAACCAAGGCUAUACCAUGAACCAAGGGUAUGAUGCUUUCAGGUCUCAAGUUGAGAACAACUCAAUACAACUAGAAAAACCAGAGAGCUGGUCAAAUCAGAGUCAGAAUCCAGAUAUUCUAUAUCAGUUCCAAAAUCAAGCUGAUGCCAAGCUGUUGGGAAGUUUGAAUUACAAUGAUCAAGUAAACAAUGGGACCGACUAUGGAUUCGACUUCUUGAAGCCUGGUAGACAGGAGGAUUCUUCACUUGUUGUUGACGAUCAUGGCUUCUUAAAUCUUGCAGAAUUGGGGUUCAACUAUUAAACAUAGCAGUCUGAGUAAUUGUUAUACUGCAUCAAUCACAGUCUGAGUAAUUGUUAUACUGCAUCAAUCACAAAGAGCAAUACUAAAGAAUUGAAAGUGUAGACUUCUAAUAAUCAAUUCGGGUUAUGGACUACUGUUAAAUUUGGUUCAUUUUUUAGCCUUCAUUGCUGUUACCAUAAGAAUGAAGACCGAAGCAAGCUUAUUCUCACUAGGUUUUUGAUAUUGGAGAAUUAAGCUGUGUGCCUUUCUUUUCAUAUUGUUUAUCAUGUAGAGCUAGAGCUGUGAAGCAUGAAUAUACUCUCAGGGAAACUGAUCAAUUAUUCUUUUUUGUACAAACUUAAUCAAGUUACUGACCUUACAUGGAACAUGGUACAUACUCUUUUUGAAUGAUAAUGAUUGUAUGCAAAUA